CCGUCAUUUUCAUUUCUCAUUUCUCAACUAUUUCGCUGAGAGAAAUCGAAAUUUGAACAGACGAAACAAAAAUAUUCAAAAUUUUUGAAUCCCCUUCUUCAAUAACGCAAAAAAUCAGAUCCAAAUCUAGGGUUUUUCCUUUCUCGUUUUCUCUCUGUCUCUCUCAAAGCUUCGAUCUCUAAUUAUUUUUGUUUUUGGAAUCGAAGAGAAAUGGAGGCAAUCGAAGAAUUGGCAGAGCUUUCCGAAUCGAUGAGGCAAGCGGCUGCUAUCCUUGCCGAUGAAGAUGUCGAUGAGACCUCAUCAUCCUCCUCCAAACGCUCCUCCACUUUCCUGAACGUCGUCGCUCUCGGCAAUGUCGGGGCUGGUAAAUCUGCAGUCUUGAACAGUCUAAUUGGGCAUCCUGUUCUGCCAACUGGUGAAAAUGGUGCCACUAGAGCUCCUAUCAGCAUUGAUUUGGCUAGAGAUGGUUCUUUAAGCUCUAAAUCAAUCAUCUUGCAAAUUGACAAUAAAUCUCAACAAGUUUCUGCAAGUGCUCUUCGGCAUUCUCUACAGGAUAGAUUAAGCAAAGGUUCUUCAGGCAGGAGUCGUGAUGAAAUAUAUCUGAAGCUUCGUACUAGUACAGCCCCACCAUUAAAAUUGAUUGAUUUACCUGGACUGGAGCAAAGAAUUGUGGACGACUCAUUGCUCAGAGAGUAUGUUGAACAUAAUGAUGCUAUUUUGCUUGUUAUCGUGCCUGCUGCUCAGGCGCCAGAAAUUUCAUCCUCCCGAGCACUUAGGAUUGCGAAGGAAUAUGAUUCAGAAGGGACCAGAACUGUUGGCAUCAUUAGUAAAAUUGAUCAAGCUGCUUCAGACUCAAAAGCCCUUGCAGCAGUUCAGGCUCUUUUGUCAAAUCAGGGACCACCUAAAACUUCUGAUAUUCCAUGGGUUGCUUUAAUCGGUCAGUCUGUUUCUAUAGCUUCAGCUCAAUCUGGAAGUGCUUCAUCUGAUAAUUCUUUAGAAACGGCUUGGCGAGCGGAGAAUGAAAGUCUCAAAUCAAUUUUGACCGGAGCCCCUCAAAGCAAACUCGGGAGAGUAGCUUUGGUAGACACCCUUGCUGGCCAGAUACGUAACCGUAUGAAACUCAGGCUUCCAAAUCUCCUUUCAGGGCUUCAGGGGAAGUCUCAAAUAGUCCAGGAUGAAUUAUUGAGGCUUGGUGAACAAAUGGUUAGUACUGCUGAAGGCACAAGAGCUAUUGCGUUGGAGCUGUGCCGUGAAUUUGAGGACAAAUUUCUGCAACACAUAACGGGUGGUGAAGGAAAUGGUUGGAAAAUUGUUGCUAGUUUUGAGGGAAGUUUCCCUAACAGGAUUAAGCAGCUCCCUUUGGACAGACAUUUUGACAUAAACAAUGUCAAGAGGAUUGUCUUAGAAGCUGAUGGUUAUCAACCCUAUCUGAUAUCUCCAGAGAAGGGUUUAAGAUCUUUGAUAAAAGGUGUCUUAGAGCUAGCAAAAGAACCUUCACGUUUAUGUGUUGAUGAGGUUCACCGUGUAUUGUUGGAUAUAGUUUCUGCUGCUGCAAAUGCUACACCUGGUCUUGGAAGAUAUGCUCCUUUUAAGAGAGAGGUUGUGGCAAUUGCAAGUGCUGCACUUGAUGGUUUUAAAAAUGAAGCCAAAAAGAUGGUUGUUGCACUAGUGGAUAUGGAACGUGCGUUUGUUCCCCCUCAACAUUUCAUUCGUCUGGUGCAAAGGCGAAUGGAGAGACAGCGUCGAGAAGAAGAGCUGAAGAAUCGGUCCUCCAAGAAGGCACUUGAUGCAGAGCAGUCAAUUCUUAAUCGGGCAACUAGUCCUCAAACAGGUGGACAACAAUCUGAAGGAAGCUUAAAAACGUUGAAAGAUAAAUCAAGUAAGCAAGAAAAAGAUGUACAAGAGGGAUCAGCGCUGAAGACUGCUGGACCUGGUGGUGAGAUAACAGCAGGAUUCUUGCUGAAGAAAAGUGGCAAAACAAAUGGGUGGAGUAGGCGAUGGUUUGUUUUGAAUGAGAAAACUGGCAAGUUUGGUUAUACAAAAAAACAGGAGGAAAGGCAUUUUCGUGGUGUCAUCACAUUGGAGGAAUGCAACAUUGAGGAAGUUGCUGAUGAUGAAAGUGGCUCAUCCAAAAGUUCCAAGGAUAAGAAGGCAAAUGGACCUGAUUCUGGGAAAGGACCCAGUCUUGUUUUCAAGAUAACUAGCAGGGUUCCAUAUAAGACAGUUUUGAAAGCUCACAGUGCUGUGUUGUUAAAGGCUGAGAGCACUGCAGAUAAGGUUGAGUGGUUAGAAAGGUUAAGAAAUGUUGUUGAAUCUAAAGGAGGGCAAGUGAAGGGUGAAUCAGCCCCUCCCAUGAGGCAAAGUCUAUCUGAUGGUUCACUUGAUACAAUGGCAAGAAGACCUGCUGAUCCAGAAGAAGAGCUUCGGUGGAUGUCCCAAGAAGUACGUGGUUAUGUGGAAGCUGUUCUUAACAGCCUUGCUGCUAAUGUUCCAAAGGCUGUUGUUCUUUGCCAAGUAGAGAAAGCGAAAGAAGACAUGCUCAUUCAAUUAUAUAGCUCUGUUAGUGCCAUAAGCAAUGCCAGGAUUGAGGAAUUACUCCAGGAAGACCAAAAUGCAAAGCGCAGGAGGGAACGUUACCAGAAACAAUCGUCUCUUCUUUCAAAACUUACGAGGCUACUUAGCAUUCAUGACAAUCGAGCAGCUGCCGCCUCCAGCUGGUCUAAUGGUAGUGUAGCAGAAAACAGCCCACGAGCAAGUGGACCCUCAUCAGGUGAAGACUGGAGGUCUGCAUUUGAUGCUGCUGCAAAUGGACCUGUUGAAUCAUCUAGAUAUGGGGCCAACGGUCAUAGCAGACGGUAUAGUGACCCAGCACAGAAUGGUGAUGUAGGUUCAGGGUCAAGCUCUGGCAGCCGGCGGACACCAACUCGGUUGCCACCAGCACCACCACAGUCUGCUUCAUCUUACAGAUACUAGAUAAGGACUUAAAUCACUUAUAUUUCAUUCAUGCAAAUUCAUCUUGGGUGGGCAUUUGAUCUUGUCAUGGAGCAUAUUUCUCAAGCUCAGAUUAUAUCAUGUAGCGUUUGUAGAUUUAGAAUAGGUGUGUAGAUAUAUGUGGCGUUACAUCUAUGUGAUUUUGAGAUGUAUUUUUGUCAAUUAUAAUCUUUUUUUCUUUGGGAGGGGUUGUAUCGGUAGGAGGGUCAUCUAUUUCAAUUCUUUAAGAUACUACAAAUGUAUUUGUUUGUAUUGAAUCUAAAUGAGCAAAACUUUUCGUUGUCCGGUUGCUUUAAGGAAAAAGCAUUUAACCUUUGGAAGUAAAUUACCCAACUUAUGCUCU